CCCCGCAGCCGGAACGCGCCGCGCGGGGCCGCGUUGCGCGGGGAAGGGCGUGCGGCGGCACCGGCAGCCGCCAUGGCGGUGGACAUCACCCUGCUCUUCAAGGCCAGCGUGAAGACCGUGAAGACCCGCAACAAGGCGCUGGGGGUGGCGGCGGCGGGGGACAGCGCCAGGGACGAGCUGCUCAAGCGGGGCACCGCCCGCUCCAAAAGCGACUUCACCAGCAGGGCGCGGGAGGUGAUUUCUCAUAUUGGAAAGCUGAAAGAUUUUCUUCUGCAACACAGAAAGGAUUACAUUAAUGCUUACAGCCAUAUUAUGUCUGAGUAUGUGAGUAUGACGGAUACAGAGCGUGACCAGAUAGAUCAAGAUGCCCAGGUGUUCAUGAGAACGUGUGCUGAUGCCAUUCAUCAGCUCAGAACAGAAGCACACAAGGGUGUCCAGUCUGCUCAGGUGAAGGAGCACAGAACAGCUGUCUUGGACUUCAUUGAAGAUUACUUAAAAAGGGUGUGCAAGCUGUAUUCUGAACAAAGAGCCAUCCGAGUUAAGCGAGUGAUAGAUAAGAAGAGACUGUCCAAACUUGAACCUGAGCAGAGCAAUGUGUCCAAAUCACCUCUUUCCGCUGAAAAAUCUUCACAGAGUCCUUUAGAGGAUUCUGAAGAAAAACUUUCUGCUGAAGAAAGCAAAGACAGGAAUCUGCCCGACGCCCAAAGUAACUUUGGAUUAUGGGGGGACAGCAGAGGUGAAGAUGAGCUGUCACCUGAAGAAAUACAAAUGUUUGAACAGGAGAACCAGAGACUUGUUGGUGAAAUGAACAAUCUCUUCGAUGAAGUCAGACAAAUUGAAGGAAAAGUGGUGGAAAUCUCCAGAUUACAAGAGAUAUUCACUGAGAAGGUCUUGCAACAGGAAACUGAUAUUGACAAUAUCCAUCAAUUAGUUGUGGGUGCAACAGAGAAUAUAAAAGAAGGCAAUGAAGACAUAAGAGAGGCCAUCAAAAACAAUGCUGGAUUUAGAGUAUGGAUCCUCUUCUUCCUUGUGAUGUGUUCAUUCUCCUUGCUUUUCCUGGACUGGUAUGAUAAUUAAUUAAACAUAUAUUGGCACCAUGCUCUGACAUUUUUUUAGAGGAGUGGGGUAUAACAGCAUACCUAUGUAUUUUAUGCAUUUUCUCAUACCUCUAUGAUGGAAAUAUUUUCCAAUAAAUAAGUUGUGCACAUA